AUGAGCGGUCCCGUCGUGCUUUCUAGCUCCGCUAUAAAACCCGCUUGCGCUUCUCAGGCUCCUAGUAACUCCAUGUCCUUAUCGUCCUCUCCUCUCGCACUUAAACUUAAGCCCAUGACGAGCCACGCAAUCUCUAUCCCAUUCCGACAUGGCUCCUCUCUCAACCUUCCCCUCCACGGCACUCAGCGUCGCGCCUUUCGCCCGACGGAGUGCAGAAUUCGCCAAGGGAAGAAACCCGUCGCACAGCUGUCGCAACUGUCGCAAGCCGCCGUCGCAGUAGAGGUGGAGGAGGAAGUAGACGUGGGGAUUAUGCAGCCUCACGAAAUUCACCAUUCACAACCACAUCUCGAGUCUCCAGGCACCUCUUCCGGCGGUACCCCUCCAGGCUCCCCUCGUCGCGGAGCCGCUAAAUCUGCCGGCUCCGGUAAAACUUCCGGCGAUCGCGCGGGAGCGUCGAGCGUGGCAUCCGGAGUGCGCCUCGAGGGAGUCACUAAGACGUUCAAGGGAGUGCAACUUUUAACGGAUAUUUCUUGGGAGGUGAAGCGUGGGGAGCGCGUGGGUCUCGUCGGCAUUGCGUACCUCACGCAAGAGUUCGACGUCGUCCCUUCGCGAACGGUUCGCGAAGAGUUUCUCUCCGCGUUUGCGGAGCAGAUGGACAUUAAAGACCGGCUGGAAGAGGUCCAAGCCGCGCUAGAACGCGCCACGGAGGACAUGGAGUUAAUGUCGCGGCUUCUAGACGAACUCGACGACCUCCAGAAAAAAGCCGAGGCGCUCGACUUGUACAGCGUUGACGUGGCGAUUAAUAAGAUGAUGCCGGAGCUAGGGUUUGGUCCGGAGGAUUCGGAGCGGCUCGUGGCUUCUUAUAGCGGGGGGUGGCAAAUGCGGAUGUCGCUGGGGAAAAUUCUGCUGCAGCAGCCGGAUUUAUUACUCCUGGAUGAGCCUACUAAUCACUUGGACUUAGACGCAAUCGAAUGGCUUGAGAAGUACUUAAAGCAGCAGGAUGUUCCCAUGGUGAUCGUCUCUCACGAUCGCGCGUUCUUAGACCAGUUGUGUAAUAAGAUUGUGGAGACUGAGAUGGGGAUUAGUAUGACGUUCCCGGGGAAUUAUAGCGCGUACGUGGCGGCGAAGGCGGAGUGGGUGGAGGCGCAGCGGAUGGCGUGGGAGCGGCAGCAGAAGGAGAUUGCGCGCACGGAGGAUAUGAUUGCGCGACUGCAGGGCGGGGGGAACGCCGGGCGCGCCUCUUCCGCGGAGAAGGCGCUGGAGCGCCUGCAAGUAGAGGGUGCGGUGGAGAAACCGUUCGAGCGCAAGCAGAUGCGGUUCCGCUUCCCGGAGCUGGAGCGCAGCGGGCGCAUCACAGUGCAGAUCGCGAACCUUUCGCACAGCUACGCGAAGCGCAGCGCCGGCAACGGCGGCGGCGGGGAGGAGCAGCGAAACGAGCUGUUCGACAAGGCGAAGCUGCAGAUCGAACGCGGCGAGAAGCUGGCGUUCAUUGGACCGAAUGGGUGCGGGAAGAGUACCCUCCUUCGAUUUAUUGUGGGAUUUGAAGAGCCCGAGCAUGGGAUUGUGGCCCUGGGGGAGCACCGCGUUGUGCCCAACUACUUUGCUCAGAACCAG